AUGUUGCACUUGGAAGAUUUAGCCAAUGAAUGGUUACUCGAUUUACUGGAGUAUUACGUGGCACCCAAUGAUGUAUUAAAUGGUUUUCUUAACUUAAACUCACGACUGAACAGUCUCAUUCACCAAAUACGAUUUAAAAUUGAUUUAUCAUCAGCAAUAAGAACGAAUACUGGUCGGGAAGUUCUCUCUUUAUUACCGUGUUUAACUGCAUCAUCAUCGCUUCACCAAAUUUAUCACCUUAUUCUGUCUGAUGAUUCAUUUCAGAAUCAAACAACAAUAUUUUCAAGAAUAGUAGAUCUUCGAUCAUUAAUUAAUCUUCGAUCAUUAGUAUUACUUAGACCAAGAGCAAACGAUUUGAUAGAAGCGUUCGUAGAAAAAUUACCGUUUUUGUUACACUUGCAAACAUUUUCAAUUGAAAUUCCAUCUGAUAAUGAUUAUUCUUAUAUAGUUGAUUGCAUUUAUCGAAUAUUUAGCAAUAUUCCAACGGCUUUGACGAAAUGUAUUAUACAUUUCGAUUUUCUUUCAUUAGCUGUUUAUGACACUGCCGUCACAACAUCCCCCCAUUCCAUAUUAUCAAAUUUGAAAUACCUAUCGAUUUGUCUUUAUUCACUCGAUGAUUUACUUCAGUUAAUCAAUUACAUACGUCAAAUUGAAUAUUUAGAUGUUGAAUUACUACAAAGUAAAGGUAUAGAUCAUACUACGACAAUAAUAGCGAAUAAUAUACCAUCAUUAUUACCGAAUUUAAACUAUUUUAAAUUAACCAUGGCUGGUAUAUCCUUUGAUCACAUACAACUUUUGUUUCAAAAUCAUCUAAGCCUAACAUAUCUAUCGCUAACCAGUUACUACCGUUUAAGUCGAGAAUAUUUAAAUGCUGAUCGAUGGGAAAAAGUAAUUCAAUCAUUACCAAAUUUAAAACAGUUUCAUUUAAGUAAGUGCACGUGA